GGUGACGUGACUCUCCGUGCGCCAGUAUCUCCUUUUCCGGAAGUUGUGGCUAUAUCCAACGCUGCAGUUGCAAGGGCUUGGUAAAUCUAGCAGCUUGCGGUUGCUUCCGCUUUUAAGGUUUUCCAACUUUUACCGCGUGUAAUCUGCCAGGUAUGUCUCGUCUCCUUUUACCAACGUUUGGGUAGUAGGGGCAUACCUAAUACUGUGUUUGUAUUUGUAGUGGAUCGCGACUUGGAGUGUCCCGGACCGACGUGAGCCAGACCAUCAACGGGAUACUAAGUCACUACAAUUGCUGCUGUUUUGCCCGGAUGUUUUAUGUUUUGUUUCAUGUUUUAAUUGGUUUUAAGUAUUAAUGUGUUUUAUUGAUUGGAUGUAAAUUGGGGGGGGCGUCGUUGGGAAGGCUUGGUGCUGGGCGGUGAGGAUCCGUGUCGGGCGAUACCGCGCUGCGUGGUCGCGUUGCUUUCUUUUAGCCCACCCCUUGGGUGGAUGUACGUGCGUCAUGUACUGCGGGACCCCUUAGAGUGUUGUCUGACUGUACGCCUCCCAUUCCCCUCCCGAUAACAGCUGCCUGGUUUGGGUUUCCUCUUUUGUCGUGUGAUUGGAGUGUUUUAAACAUGAUUUGAUUUGUAUUAUUUGUGCUGUGAUUUUGGUUCAGUAAUUUGCUGUUUGGUUUCUUUUUGUUUUCAUUUGGAGUGUGAAUUAACAGCAGCCUAAUAAAGGGAGUGUUUAUGGUCUUCGCGUCUCCCCUAUGGUGAUCACGAAUCUGUGUCCUUUUAUAUUGGAGUGGGUUUUGAACUCCGGUAUUCUAAUUCUCUGGGUGCAAUUCCCAGAGUGGCGUAGUCGGGUUGUCCAUUUCCGUAUUCCCUCGCUACUUCCUCCCUCAGUAACGCCACAGAUUUGGCGUAGUCGGCAGGAUCUUCACCAGCAUAUGGUGGAGAUGUGAUUUCCUGAUCACUCCCUUGGAAGGAUAGGUGAGAAUUUUUAUUUUUGUUUUAUGAUUUGGUUUUGAAUGUGUAUGUAACCGAGAGGCAAAACAGCAGCAUUUGUGUCCGUUGAGCCGGUAUUUUACGUAAAUUUGCUGAGUCUCGUAGUCCACCUACUUUAUUGUCAUGGAUGACGAAGUGCAACAGCUCCGGGAUUUGGUGGGGCAGCUCCAGGCUGAUAUUGAUUGGUUGCGCCAGGAGCGAGCAGAGGCUCCAGAUCCCUCUGUCACCCAAUCCGCCCCUGCACCUCCACCUGUUUCAGCCGAGCAUCGUGUUUUUACCGACCGGUUUGCUUUUAUUUCUAAGGACCGGAAGUGUCCCAUGUUUGGGGGCAGGUCUGGGGUGAGCUUCGAGGAAUGGGAGGACGAGGUGCAAGCGUGUAUGCGGGCUCGGCAUUUGUCAUCUGCUGAUCAAGCAUUUUUUCUGUUUGACCACUUAGAGGCGGGAGCCAAGGAGGAGAUUAAACAUCGCUCCGCGGUUGAACGGGGUGACCCGGAAAGGAUACUGGCAAUAUUGCGUGAGCUGUAUGGGUGUUCUUAUUCUCAUGUAUGGUUGCAGGAAACUUUCUUUUCUAGGAAGCAACAGGAUGGGGAGGGUCUGCUUGAGUUUUCAUUGGCCCUAAUGAGUUUGAUGGGUAAGAUUCAACAGGCUGCGCCACAUGCGGUACCUAAUGCCGAGGUAAUGUUAAGAGACCAAUUUAUGGAGCAUGUUGCUGAUUGUGCACUCCGUAGAGAGUUGAAACGACUGGUUCGGUGUCAACCCUCCAUGAGGUUGUUAGAUGUACGGAGGGAGGCUCUUAGAUGGGAACGUGAGGGUACCCCCUUUGGUGGGCGCGGUCGCAGCUUGUCCGUUCCUGCUGCCUAUGGUAUCUCCUAUGGGCUGCAAGGUCAGUCAUACUCUGCCUCUAGGGUGGUAGCCUCAAAUAGGGAGUUUCUAGAAUUAAAGGACCUUUUGACACAGCAACAAGAGCAGAUUAAUUUGCUCACUCGGUCUGUAUCACUUUUGCAGGCCUCUAAGCAAGUUCGCCACCCUCCUCACGGCCCUGUCAUUUGUCGCCGGUGUCAGCAACCUGGUCACUUUGCACGGAAUUGUGAGGGACCAAGGGUUUCUGGUCCUAGGGACCCACCCUCUUCCGGCUCGGUGUCAAGCCUUGCCCAGUCUGGUCAGCAGCCGGGAAACGAGUACCCGCCGCGUUGUUGAGCCACAGCGCGGAGGGGGUUUCUACUGGCUCUGUAGUGGAGAAUGUGGGGAUGGUGUCUCAGUUAAUGUCAUCUUGUCCGCACAUUAGCGUUAAUAUGGGUGGGGUGGAGGUAUCCUGCUUGGUGGAUACUGGAUCGAUGGUGUCCACGAUUACGGAAAGCUGUUUUAGGAGCCAUUUUGAACCAUGGGGGCCUGAUCGAUUGAAGCUGUGUCAGUGGCUGCAGCUUCGUGCUGCCAAUGGCCUGGCCAUUCCGUAUGUUGGGUAUCUGGAAAUGGAUGUGACCCUUUGUGGUAGGGAGAUACCAGGUUGUGGUGUAUUAGUGGUCAAGGAUCCACCCGGGGGUGUAGUUCCCCAAGCACCUGGUGUUUUAGGGAUGAACAUCAUUAGUAAGUGUUAUCGCGACCUGUUUGGUCAGCAUGGGCCGCUUUGG